UUCAAUCAGGAGGAAUAUGGAGGAAUGGAAUUCAUGGCGACUCCAAACAAUGAAUCACGAUCUCUUUCCCUUUAUCCCCACGUUACAACAAUGCUUCCGUGUUCAUCAUUAUUCACUUUGUCUUAUCCAUGUCACAUCCAAAUUAAGCCUGUUCUGACCUCCCAUUGCAAUAUUUAUUCUUUAAAACUUUACAAACAUUGAGUUUUAAUGACACCACUGCACACACGCACACAACGAUGGCUAACAUAGUAGAUGACACUGUCAAUAUCGUUAUUCUCGGUGGAUCUUUUGCAGGACUUUCUGUAGCCUAUGGCUUCCUUGGAAAGAUCGAUGGCCACCUCCCGAUCACGCGAACGGCGCCGAAAUACCGAGUUGUUAUGGUGUCGCCAUCAACCCACCUAUACUGGAACAUCAGUUUGCCGCGAGCAUUAGUCAGCCCUGAAUUGAUACCACAUUCGAAGAGUUUCUUUUCUAUUAUUGAGUCAUUCGCGAAGUAUCCUGCCAGUAAAUUCCAGUUCGUCCAAGGAGCGGCCAUCAAUGUUGAGACCACUCAACGCGUCGUCACCGUGUCGCUGGUUGGUGAACCCCGGGACAGGCGGUCGCGAGUUCUACAUCUUCCAACCCUAGACUUUCGCAGGUCAGCGAAGAUAUAUAAACCUGAUCGACAUACGAUACCAUGCCCUCAUGUUGCGAGGGGAAGCUCGGCGGAUUCUCUCCUCCUUUUCCUCAAUCGCCGGCACGAGCGAACUAUAGGUGCAAUGAGCACUUUCCACAUCAAGCUUAUUGAUGCAGGCAGCGUCUUAAUUUGUGGCGGGGGGCCAUCUGGAUGCGAAAUCGCUGGUCAACUCUCGAUCUACUUCAACGAAGGCCUCAAGGGGGGGCGGGCAGAGGAUGGCACUCCACGCCAAGGCAAGCUUAGCGAUAUGGCGAAGCGGCUUUCUCAAAUUCUCUCUCCCGUCAAGUCGUCUUCUUCCGGAGAAGACUGGCUAUCAAGGAGACCGAGAAUCGGUCGCCGUAACAGUUCCUAUUCCUUCCUAUCUCGAUUAUCCUUCCCUUUCACAGACCGGAAACACUACAAGACUCCGGCUUCCGAACAUAAACCCAAGCUCAUCAACCUAAUCUCCGGGAACGAGCGUCUCCUGACCCGUUUCCACCCCCCGUCGCGAAAGACGCCGAAUCGCAACUUCACCCUCUUGGCGUCAAUGUCCUCCCAGGAACUGCCGUCCGGCAAGGCGAAAGUGAUCCUCUACAACGACGACAUCCUCCUGGUCGACUGCUACACCGGCGCCACCGGCGUGAAACCCAACACCUCCUUCCUCUCUCCCGAGCUCCGAGACGCAUCCGGCUACGUCAGCGUCGACCGGACCUUCCCCCACGUCGACCGCGCCGGCGACCGCGUCUAUGCCAUCGUCGACUGCGCCACCUAUAGCAAGAACUACGCGCUGGAUAUCUACGACGCGUCGCCGGUACUGCUAUAUAACCUGCGGAACGACCUGAAGGCUCACGAGCUGCGGAGGUAGUACCUGUACGGCGGCGUGGAAGACCAGAUCGAGUCGAUGUGUGUGAAUGCGGUGUUUGUGCAGAACCCGAGGAUGACGCAGAUGAUGCCGCUCACACGAUGGGGGGAUGACGGUGCCUGGCUUGGCGGUGUGGGUGAUGAAAGGGAGGGAUUACCAGGUUGAUAUGGCGAGAAGGGUGGUGAGAGAAAGGGUGGCAAUCCCUAUGCGCCACACACGUACAUAAUGCCGACGCAAAUGGCGGCGGGCAGGAAGUGAGACAUCAGGCAAGCCGUGUGAGCAAAUGCCAAGUCAGUGUCCGCGACUCCCUCAUGUAGGUUGCGGCUUUAGAACUUAGAACACCUUAAUUCAAUGUCAAGCGUUAGAUUCUACUCGAUCAGAAUGCAUUACUACC